AAUGAAAGUGAGCGCUUGAAAUUGCAAAGAACGCGCAGUUAAAGAUUGACAAGCAGUUUGACUGCGUCUUUCCACCAAAUUGAGCAGCAUAUGUAAUUUUGGAAAGAGAAGAACCCAAACAGGCUCACCCCCAAUCGAUCCGGACCUUAACCAGAGUUAGUCCGUCAUGUCUGGUGAAGUGGGUCCUCCGGCGCAGCAGCAGCUGAAGUCCGCCGGAGAGUCAUCAUCAUCCCCCCCGGAGGAGGAGACGUGCCGGGCUCUCGUGCUCACCGGCUACGGAGGCUACGACAAAGUCAAGCUGCAGGUGAAAGCCUUCAAGAAGCCCGCGCUGCAGCCCGGAGAGGUCUUGGUUCGGGUGCAGGCGUGCGGGCUCAACUUCGCCGAGCUGAUGGGCAGGCAGGGACUGUACGAGCCGCUGCCCGCCCCGCCUGUCACUCUGGGCAUGGAGGCCUCGGGAGUCAUCGAAGCUGUCGGAGGAGACGUGAAGGACCGCAAAGUGGGGGAUCGUGUCAUCAUAUUAAGCCGCUGCGGCGCGUGGCAGGAAUUCGUGGUGGUGCCCGCCAGUCGAGCCUUCCCCAUGCCCGAGUCCAUGAGCUUCGAGGAGGGCGCCGCCAUCCCCAUCAACUACAUGACGGCGUACAUGAUGCUAUUUGAGAUGGCCAACCUCAAGCCGGGCAAGAGUGUGCUGGUCCACAUGGCUGCAGGUGGCGUAGGCAUUGCUGCCACCCAGCUGUGUCAGAUGGUGCCCGACGUGACCGUCUUUGGCACAGCGUCGGCCUCCAAACACGAUAUCAUCGCAGAGGUUGGCGUGACUCACCCCAUCGACUAUCACACCAAAGACUACGUGGAGGAAAUUGGUAAAAUCAGCCCCAAAGGAGUGGACAUCGUCUUGGACCCGCUGGGUGGUUCUGACACACAGAAGGGCUUCAACUUGUUAAAACCUUUGGGUUCUCUCAUCGUGUUUGGUGCUGCCAACUGUGUGACGGGCCAGAAGAGGAGCCUGCUGGCCAUGAUGAAGACGUGGUACAACCAGCUGUCCAUCAACACGAUGAAGCUGAUGCAGACCAACAAGGCCGUGUGCGGCUUCCACCUGAGCUACAUGGACGACGGCCACAUUCAGGACGCCAUGGCCUCCCUGCUGGAGCUCUACAGGCAGGGCAAGAUCAAGCCUCACAUCGACUCCUGCUACCACUUUGAGGAGGUUGCAGAUGCAAUGAGGCGAAUGCACGAGCGCCAAAAUAUUGGCAAGGUCAUCCUUCUCCCUCAGCCUAAAAAGCAGAAUGAGAAGAUGACGUCCAGCUCCGAGCCAGAAGGGAAGAAAUAACACGAACAAGGGAUUGAGUAAGACGGUUUUGUAGAAUUGUAUUUUUCUACAAAUUCUUAUUUGACAGUAUUUUUAAACCUUUUUGAAGAAAAAUAUAUAGUGCAAUAUUAAACAAUCAAGCCUUCAUAUUGCUACAUUGCUAAUUUCUUGAAUGUAUUCCACUUAUACAAAAUGGCAGCUGCAAGGCAGGCACUACUUCUAAUGCUGCAGCUCUCUUGUAAUAAAUAUCAUUGUAAUAUCCAAACAUAA